CGCAGAGGAGCGCGCUGGGGGGAGACACACUGGAGAGAGCGUGCGGUCCGAAAGCAGUUCUGGACUAAAAAUCGAUUUUAAACUCCAGUAGUUUUUGGUGCGUGUGGAUUUAUGGAGAUAAAUAAGAAAGAGUUUGACACCAGUAUGGAGUGAUAGACAGUGAAAGAGAGAGAGAGAAGAAGAAGGAGGAGGACACGCAGUUAAGAACAGCACCUGAAACCUGUUGCCGUGAAGCGCAGCGUCGCUGAGGAGCAGAACCGAGUCUCUGGAGAGCUUUGGAGCACAUAGUGGAUUUACUUCAGCUGUCAUGAGGAACCAGGAGGAAAUCCGAAAGCAACAUUUUUCCAAAAAAUCCAUUUAAAAAAACGGGAAAAUUUUACUUUUAAAGCUUUUUUUUUUUUUUUUUUUUAAACCUUCACUCCAAACAGGAUUUGUGUGUAUGUGCAGCUCCUCUGGAGAAUGGUGUGUGUGUGAGAAGAGUGAUCUUCAGGUCUGGAAUGAAAGUGAGCUGUGAUUUAUGUGGCCGUGGAGAUGCUGCUGGAGCAAUUCCGCUUUCCUUCAGGGAUUUCUUCUUUCCGAAGCCUGGUAAUAAAUUAGGAACCGGGUCCUGAGCUGAGAAAACGCUCAAAGAGUAAAGAGACAUUUCCCUCCCCUUUCCUCUGAUAUUUGUGACUAUUGGAUAUUUGACCAUGGAGAAGUUUUCCGUCUCUGCACUGGUGUUCCGGCUGCUCGCUUUGCUCGUCUCGGAGCUGCCACAUCCGGCCCUCGGAGCCUCCAAGAACAUCGUGUGUGAGCCCAUUACGGUGCCCAUGUGCAAAGGAAUCGGCUAUAAUCUCACCUACAUGCCCAAUCAGUUCAACCAUGACACGCAGGAGGAGGUGGGAUUAGAGGUGCAUCAGUUUUGGCCUCUGGUUCGAAUACGUUGCUCUCCGGAUUUGCUGUUUUUUCUUUGCAGCAUGUACACCCCUAUCUGCCUCCCAGACUAUAAAAAACCUCUGCCGCCAUGCCGCUCUGUCUGCGAGAGGGCCAAGAAGGGCUGCUCGCCUCUCAUGAUCCAGUACGGGUUCGAGUGGCCCGAGCGGAUGAGUUGUGAGCAGCUUCCUGUACUGGGUGACCCAGACCGGCUGUGUAUGGAUCAGAACAACAGUGAGACAACGACCCUGUCACCCUCGUUCCCCAAACCUACCCCUAAGGGUCCAAACAGGCACCGAUCCACAGCCAAAUCUGGUACAAAUCAGAAGUGUGACCGGGAAUGCCGCUGCCGUGAGCCUUUGGUCCCGAUUAAAAAGGAGGCCCAUCCUCUGUACAACCACGUGCACACCGGCUCGCUGCCCAACUGUGCCCUCCCCUGCCACCAUCCCUAUUUUUCCCAAGAUGAACGCGCUUUUACAACCUUCUGGAUUGGAUUGUGGUCGGUACUGUGCUUCAUCUCCACCCUCACCACCGUGGCUACGUUCCUUAUCGACAUGGAGCGCUUUAAGUACCCUGAGCGCCCCAUCAUUUUCCUGGCCGCCUGCUACCUCUUUGUGUCACUAGGCUACAUCGUGCGAUUGCUCGCGGGCCACGAGCGGGUGGCGUGCGGCGGCUCUGGGGAGCAGCAACACAUCCUGUACGACACUACCGGCCCGGCUCUGUGCACGCUAGUCUUCCUGCUCGUCUACUUCUUCGGCAUGGCCAGCUCAAUCUGGUGGGUGGUGCUGUCGUUCACCUGGUUCUUGGCCGCAGGGAUGAAGUGGGGAAAUGAAGCCAUUGCUGGCUACUCGCAGUACUUUCAUCUAGCAGCGUGGCUGAUCCCCAGCGUCAAGUCGAUUGCUGUGCUGGCCCUCAGCUCUGUAGAUGGAGACCCUGUCACUGGAAUCUGCUACGUGGGCAACCAGAGUCUGGAGAGCUUGCGAGGCUUCGUGCUAGCACCCCUAGUAGUCUACCUCUUCUCCGGGUCACUGUUCCUGCUGGCCGGGUUCGUGUCACUCUUUCGCAUCCGCAGCGUCAUCAAGCAGGGUGGCACCAAGACGGACAAAUUGGAGAAGCUGAUGAUUCGCAUUGGCCUGUUCACCGUGCUCUAUACUGUCCCAGCAACCAUCGUGGUGGCAUGCUUAGUCUACGAGCAGCACUACAGACCGGGCUGGGAGCAGGCACUUGCCUGUACCUGUCCCUCAGAGCGCCAGCAGCUCGGUUUAGGGCCCGAAUAUGCAGUGUUCAUGCUUAAGUAUUUCAUGUGCUUGGUGGUGGGCACCACCUCGGGGGUAUGGAUCUGGUCAGGAAAGACGUUGGAUUCAUGGCGCGGGUUUGCGGCCCGCUGCUACCCGUGCAGGGCCAGAAAGCCCCCCGCCUCAGCUUCUUCUAUGUACAGCGAAGCCAGCACGGCACUCACUGCUCGAGUCGGAUCAGCACCACCCGGAUCCUACCACAAAUCAGCUCCACCGUCUCACGUCUGAUCGAACAGAACUUAACAUGAAGGAUCUUAACAAACUGAUCGCUUUUACAUAUGCGGAUACAAUGUGAUCAAAUGGAAUUUAGACUUUUGGAUGCAAAAAAAAAAAAGCAGGAAGAAAAAAAAAAAAACAUUAAGGAAUAAACUGGAGAAUGAUCUCCUGGCUGAAACCAUGCUGGGAAAAGAAGAAAAAAAAAUCACAGGAGCUACUAGAGACCGUGUCCCACUUGUGGGCAUGUUAUUUAUUUGUGUAUGUAAAUAUUUGUUCCUUUCACAUUGUGAUCUACAGGGAAUGCCCCAACUGUGUGUGUGUGUUUGUGCUUUUAUAAUGGAAACCAGAGGUGGAAUAUUUUCACCAGAACAGGGACCUUUUUUAUUUUUCAAUUCCACGUCAUCGAAUGGGUUUCACUGGUAAACAAUACGUGCCGUGACAGGAUUACGCCAAACGUCCUGUAUAUAAUUGUGAAAAGAAUUCAGAAACGAUGGAGAAAAACAGUGGACCAAGUCAAGUCUCAUUUCAUACAGCGUCCACAGGUGUCCUGAGAACACGCUCGCUGGUAAGACAAGUAAAUGACUGAUUAUCGCAGAUAGUCCAGUGCACGGUUUGCUAUUUGGCUGAUAAAACACUGAUGAUGAAUCUGCAACUUUGGGAAGAUUUUUGAUCUUGCAAAUUUUAGAAAACAAAACACAAAUCAGGAACUAUAAGUGAACAGAAAAUUUGAGAUGUUGAUGGACUUCACAUCCCUAAGCUUCACUCCCAUCUAGUGGACAUUUUAUGUUCUGCUGGGUCUUUUAGAACUUCUGUGCUCGACUCCACACCUUAUUCAUGAUUUCUUGAAGUAAAUCAGAUGCAAAUCAGUUUACGGUUCAUUUUCUAAAACCGAUUUGUCAGAGGAUUUUAGGCUUCCUGGCCAGUUCUCCUCUCUUCUUCAGGACCUGUGUGUGUGUGUGUGAGAUGAUGCGUUUGUAGAUCUGAGCAGAAAUUAAUUUUUAAAUCUGAUCAAAAACACAGUCGUUUCUUGGUUCUAUGAGUGUACAUAUUCGUUUUGCCCUGUGUGUAAAUCCAGUAUCCGGAUAUUUCUUUUAUAACGAGCUGCUCUUGUGUGUAAAUACUUUUUUUUUUUUUUUUUUAAAACAAAAUGUUGAUUGCUGAGAUUUUUAAAAGAUUUAGAUAUUUAUGACAACUGGAGUGUUGUGUUUCAUUGCUUUCUCUUAUUUGUAGAGAAUAAAACGAUGGCGCGAUCUGGUUUCUGGAUUGUUGCCUUCAAUCAAACCGUUUUCCCGGUUUAAUAUUUAAUGUACAUUUUUAAAACAAGGGCCUUUCCUCAGGGGCCCAGGAGUUGCAACAUAAACUUCAUGUCUGUGAA